AUGUUAUCAAAAGAUAAAAAUGUUUCAGUUGUUAUUAGCAAUCGAUCUAUUACAUUAACUAUUCGAAAUGGAAAUAUAAAUACAACUGGUCGUCAACCAGAACGAGCUACACUUAAACAUUUAAAUAUCUAUGAUUAUUAUGAUAUUGUUGAAGAAAUUGGAAACGACACAAACAUGAAGAUUCACGUUAAAACGUACACCGGACUUGGUCGAGAAUAUGAUUUUGAUGUUGAUCCUUCUAUUAUCAUUGGAGAGCUGAAGAAAUCUGUGGGGGAAAAAGCUGGUUAUUCUGAUCCAGAAAUGCUGUGGCUUGUCUUUGAUAAAGAAAUACUAUACGAUGAAGCUACAUUAGAAGAUUACGACAUACAGUCAGAUUCGGCACUGGAAUUAGUCGAUCGUACAGAACGUUACCGCGGUUUUGGUGGUUUGAUUGGGUUAAAAUUUGUCGAUGUCAGUGAUAACGAAGCUUUGAAACGAAUCGGAUGGUCUAGAACAGCUCCACGAUGGCGACGAGCUAGACAUGGUCUAUGUCUUGAAGGUUUAUGUAAAAACAAGAAGUGUGAAGCUUAUAAAGGUACAGUUAUUAUGCCCAUUGGUUAUAAGAAAGUCAGUAUGUUGGACGAUUCACUUGAUAAGAUAACCAAAUGUCCCGUAUGUAAGGAAUAUGUCAAUCCAAUAACAUGUGCUUUUAAUAAUUGUUGGUGGAGAUACGACGGAGUACAAAAUUGCAAAAAUGGUCCGUCAAAGAAGUGUUCAGGUGAUUGGAGACGAGCUGAUGAUGCGUAUCAUCGUUUUAAUGAAUAUCAAGGUGAAAUGAUUACAUGGAAAAAGUUAACAUUGGAAGCGGUUAAAACAAGACCAACUGAAAUACUGGAUAUUGUGCUGGUGGAUGCGCAAACAAUGCAAACAGCCUCUCGACCGCCAGCAGUCGAUGUUGCAGCUACACCACCAAAAAAUGAUCGUUAUUCAUCCGGAAAUGAUGAAACUGAAGUCGAGCGCUUUGCACAACCAGACAAGCAUUGGUGUCCGUGGAAAUCAAAUAGUUGUUCGAAUACUCUUGAAAUUGCAGGUCAAGGUACUGUGGAAAUCAUGCAACGGAAAUCAGUGUCUUUCGAACUGCAGUUAUCGAAUAAAAAAGAUGCUUACGACCAAAAUGCCUAUUCAAUCAUACUUUCAGUAAAUCAAAAUGAAGUUAAAUUAAGUACAAGCACCGGACAGUCAUAUACUUCAACUGACACCAUUUAUACACUUCAAUCUGAAGAUGGAUAUUGGCAUAGAUAUUGGAUUAGUCUAUUUUCAAUUGCUCGUAAUGUUAAAUAUGGCAUUGGAGAAGUUCGUCCAUUCUUUUCUGUUUUCGAUAUUGAACUUCCGGAAAAUGAAUCACAAUUGAUGAAAGAAAUCUAUUAUUUGCAUUUCAAAGUGAAUAACAAUGAUCAAAUGCUGACGGAAUUAAAGAAUUUAAAAGAAGACUUUCGUAUUUUCAUUGGAACAAGUCCUGUUUUACAUGAACUGUCAUUAUUUGUUAUUCCGCAAGAAAAAUAUACUCUUGAACAUACAACUUGUCAUACCGCUAUUUCAGAGUUGAAAUUAGAAAGACCACUUCGUGAUUUAUAUUAUAGUGUUAUCAAUUUCAAAUUAAACACAGAUGAGUUUCCAGAUUUAACGGAUGUCAUUGCGCGUAGUAUAAAAAAUCCGAAAGGUUGGUGUUACAAAAAAUUAAAGGAGAAAGCCGAGCGCUUUGGCAAACCAAAUCCAAAGGCAACUUAUUUACGUCUUACCGUAGGUGAACAAAUAGGAAACGCACCUGGCCACACUUAUGUCAUCGAAGUUUGGCCUCCAGGGCAUCAUAGUCCGAUUCACAAUCAUAGUAAUGCAUAUGCUAUUAUUCGGGUACUUUCCGGUGAAAUUUUGGUGAGACUUUAUCCUGCAUUAACAUUAAAUGUAAAUCAAUAUAAACCUAUUGAACAAAUUUGUCAUGAAGGAAGAGUGACAUGGCUGUCACCAAAUCUAAAUCAAACACAUCAAUUGAAGCAUCUUGAUUUGUAUGGCAAACCUUGUAUUACCAUUCAAUGCUAUAUGUAUGGAAGAGAUGAUCGAGUACAUUAUGAAUAUUUCGAUUAUCUAUCUAAUGAUGAACACUCAAUUGGUCAUUUUGAUCCAAAAUCUGAUAUGGAUUUUCAUGAAUUUAAAGAGCGAAUGCGACAAGAAAAACAAAAUAUAUUCUAA